CAUAAAGGUGCGGGGCGGCGCGGCCGGCACCCAGACCGCUCCCGCCGCCGCCGCCUCCCGCUCCUCCGCCGCUCCCCGGGGACGCCAGGGCGAUGGACGCCGGCUGUCUGCGGGCCCGCAGCCUGCUGCUCUUCCUCGGUUACCUAUUGCAGGCAGUCCUGGGCACAACAGUGAUCCCAUUAUGUGGGCCUGGUGAAAUGGAGAACUGCACAACAGCGCUAAUCCAGACAGAGAACAGUCCACGUGUGGCUCAAGUCGGGAUAACUAGAUGCAAGCCUGAAAUGAAGGACUACUGCUUCCAUGGGCAGUGCGUGUACAUAGUGGACUUGGAUGAGCACUAUUGCAGGUGCGACGUAGGCUUCUCUGGUGUCCGAUGUGUGCAUUCAGAACUUGUCAGACAACCCCUCAGUAAGGAGUAUGUGGCACUGACAGUUAUCAUAGUUCUGCUUUUCCUCAUCGCCGUCUCUCUUGCAAGCUACUACAUCUGCAGAAGGUACCGAAGCAAGAAGAGACAAACGAACGCCAGCGAAUACAAGGAAGUUGGUACCCUGUAGAAGAAGCGGUGGCUUCCUAGAGUGUUCUGUUCAUCCGGGAGGACUCAGUGGCUUCCCAUCUAUUUAAAUGUUAUUUUUAUUAACAAUAUUUACAAUAUUUAUAUCCUUUUAAAAAUUUCAAUUGUUUGGUGAUCCAAUCAGUAUAGGUCAAGCAUUUUAUUUUCAGUGUUUUAUUUUUUUAUUAAAUAAUAUUUCCUAAUGAGAACCCCACCUAAGUGGUUCUGUGGGAUAGAGAUAUAUUUUUAUAAAAGCUCAUCUUCUUACUCUGAAGAGUAAUUUUAUAUUUAUUCUUGUGAAUAUGCUCAAAACAAUUCUAUUCCUUGAAA